UUGCAGGCGGUAUUUGAGAUACUGUAGCAUCACCAGUACUACAUCAAGACUUCCAAGUGCACAUUUGAGGUCCAGGAGGUGGAGUAAUUGGGGCACAUUGUCACUCAACAGGAUGUACAGGUGGAUCGAUCCAAGAGUCACGCUAUGAUGGAUUGGCUGGUACCGACCACCGUUAUAGAGCUGCGAGGCUUCCUAGGUUUAACAGGCUACUAACAGAAGUUUAUUAAGGGAUACAUCAUGAUUGCCCGGUCCUUGAAGAACUUGUUGAAGAAGGGCGUAUUUGAGAGGACACUGGAGGCAAACACGACGGUCCAACGAUUGAAGCAGGCCAUGACAUCUACCCGGACUCUUGCCAUGCUAGACUUCUCCAGACUGUUGGUGAUUGAAGCGGACGCUUCGGGCAGGGGAAUCGGGGCGGUCUUAUCACAGGCAAUCAUCACAGCAGUGCAUAUAUGGAGACCGUAUUUACUAGGACAGAAGUUUCACAUCUAUACUGACCACCAGAGCCUGCGGAAUCUCUUAGAGCAGCAGGUAUCCACUCCAGACCAGCACAAGUGGGUCUAUAAGCUACUGGGCUAUAACUACAAGAUCCACUAUAGACCGGGACCGACCAACGUGGUGGCCGAUGGGCCAUCCCGAAAAUAGGGGUACGAGGUACUGGCGGCAGUGACAGGACUGGUGCCUCAGUUCUGGGACGCGCUGCGAGAUCUCACCUAGUCCAAACCUUAUCUGCAGGGGUUUCGGGAUAUCGCAGUCAGUGAGGCUCCGCGUAACUACUCAUUUCGGCAGGGCAUGGUGUUCUUCAAGGGAUGCCUGGUUCUUCCUCGGGGGUCUUCCUUGGUGACUACGGUAUUGUAGGAGUUACAUGAUUCCUCGUUCGGUGGACCUUCCAGGGUGGACACACAUAUGAAGCCAAUUUAUAAACAUUGAAGGAAAUC